UCUGGCAACGCCUCAUAUUUUUUUUUGAGACGCAGAACGCAAGAUAUUUCUUAUCUGUCUUGUAAAAAAAAUGGAUUAUUUCAUUUCGAUCGGUGCGUAUCUCGGAAAAUCGCAUGCUCGUUGGCAGUAGAGAAGGCCAGGAACCUUCCACGCCCCACUCCCCGUGCACUUCGCCCGAGGGGAAAAUGGAAAAGCAACAUUAUCUGGCAUCCGUAUCUUCGUCCGUCGCAGCCGUCAAAAUGUUCGUCGCGCCAGUUAUCGACUCGACAAUCUCCAUCUCCUAAAGCACACACACUCAAUCGCACGCAGGCCAGCACACAUACGUAAUCUGUCAGCGGAAGCGCCCUUAAUCUUGGCCAGAAACCACAACAAAAUCAAGAGCAGCAGCGAAGGAUCAGCAGCAGGUGGAGGGAAACGGGGGCGCCGCUAGCACUAGCACCUAACAUGUCCGAGAAGCACGGCCAGCUGGGUGCGCAGUGGACGAAAUCAGCGGCGCCAGCAGCAUCAUCACAAGCCUCCAAUUCCAUCCCCCAACCUCUACCGAUUCCCGUAGCGCUUCCCCUCCAGAAACCCAAUGCAAAUCCCUAUGGCAACUGCAUCCUGCAGCCAGCGGACAUUGUAUAUAACGCAACCCGGUUUCAAGGACCUGCUAUCCAUGCUAAGGGGUCGCCCUUGACCAUUACGCCCGUGGGCACUGGUGGAGGAGCUCCGGCCGCCGCCCAGAUCUCGCCCACGAGCCACACCCAUGUACCUGUACCUGUUGCCACGCCCAGCGGCUUUGUUCCGCCUCCUUUUCCCAUUGCCGCCGGGGGCAAUGUCACCCCAAAUCGCUUUGCCACGGCAGCAGGAACUGCUGUUGCGGAACUGGCCUUUGCUAAUGCCUUUACCUUUAACACGGCCCAACACCUGGGUUUGGGUAAAAUCAUGCAUGCCAUGGGAGGAGCCACAGCUGGAGGGUCAGCAGUACCCGUACCAGUCACCACAAAUUCAGCAGUACCUGCUCCUUCGGCUCCCACAAUAACUGGGCAAAGGCAUCCGAGUGACGGAGUGCCAGCGGCCACUGGAGUGAUCAACUCAACCAUUGCUGAGAAUGUUAUGAAUGCUUUGAGCAACUCCAACUCAUCUUCUGUGCCCAAUGAUGAGAAAAUGCGAAGGGUACAGCAGGUGAUUGAGGGCAGCUUGGACGACAAUGCCAAGCUGCAGAUUUCGCAGAUCCUUGAGCGUGUCUCGGGUUUGAAGCCCAUUGAGAAGCUAUUCCUUUAUCUUAGAUUGCCCGGCGAGUGUGCAGACACAGAUCCGCUUAGGCAGCCACAAAAUCCGCUGGGAACGCGCUCGGAGAUUAACCACACCAUCAAUUGGGUGCGUUCCCAUCUUGAGCACGAUGCACAGGUGUCGAUACCGAAGCAGGAUGUGUACAACGAUUACAUAGCUUAUUGCGAACGCCUCAGCAUCAAACCUCUUUCCACGGCGGAUUUCGGCAAAGUAAUGAAGCAGGUCUUUCCCGGCGUGCGUCCUCGGAGACUAGGAACGCGUGGUAACUCCCGGUACUGCUACGCAGCCAUGAGAAAGACCACAAAGCUGACGCCUCCACAAUUACCGCAACUCUGCAAGACCGAGCAGAUCAUUGGUGGUGAUCCCACUGCUGACGUUAGUCAGCUGAAUAAAACCUCGAGUUUGGGUGGAAUGUCGUCGUCAGGGGGCGAUUCGGAAUGCUGGGUUGUGGUGCGCAGCUGGGCAGAAAAGUUGCUGAACACCAAGCUAGAAAGCGUGGCGGAUCUAAGCUCCCGCAUCAGGAGCAACAAUGCCACAGUUUCGGCAAAAAAGUACACGCCCCGGGAGCCCAAGGAAAAGAGAGUUUUAGCAGACAUUGGACCACUGAAGAAGCGACGCAAAAAGAAACGCAAGGGCUCCACAUCUUCGGAAUCUAGCUGCAAUCAAUUAGUUACUGGUCAGGACGCCGGCAGCAGCCAAGAUGCCACCGACGAACAGCUACUGAAAAUCAAGCAGGAGAUCAUAGACUCACCCAUUCAGCUCCAGCAACCUGCUAUAGGCUACCUACAACAGGUGACGCCUAUGAACCUGGCUACAGAUCAGCGAAGCAGUGGCGCUGUGCGCAACCUCACGCCCAAAAUCAUGGAAAUGGGCUCACCAGCCGUUUUGCUCACCCAGCAGGAGCCCUCGCCCACGGGCAUAGUCAUCAAGGAUGAAGUUGAGGACUACACCUCAAACAUUUUCUGCAAGAAGGUUUUGAAGGCGCAGCAGACGAAAGGAUUCUGGGCCAAUUCUCCUAGCAGUGGGACAACGGGAGCUGGCGGUCUUCUGGUACCCCCAACAAUCACUACCACCUCGGCCACACCCCCGCCGCCGAACUCUGGCAAUUCCCCAGUUCCUGGGCCAGGACUUUCCAUGGGCCCACCCUCGCUGAUGAUGAACUCCAGUUCAGUGAGCCCGUCGAGCAGCGUGGACACGACGCCCAAGGUAGCCUCCCGAAACCAAAUGAUGAUCCUGAGGGCCAAGCGGUUAAUGGCUGCGGAAAAUGCCGCAUUGGCAGCCGCUGCCGAAGACUCCGGACUGCCAGAGAACCUGGGUUUGCCCAGAGAGCGUGUGAUUAGCAUCUGCAACAUGGACAAGCAUGAGCUAGACGACUACUUUCUGCCUGGCGAGGACGAGGAGAACUCCGAGGAGCCCGACACCGAGCUGCUCCAAUAUUUUCAGAUGGGAGACGCUGAGGAAAAACAACUGAAUUCCUUGGAUGCUGCCGAACAGAACAGGAAUCCACAAGAGCCAACGACGAUGGGCUCUGCACCGGAGGCGAUGCCCGCUCCCGGCCGCGGAGCAGCAUCCGUCGUCGCCGCAGCAGCAGCGAUGCUGGCGCCGGUGCCAGCGUCUUCGAUGCUGCCCGGACAGGCCGGAGUGGGUUCUGCCUCAGCGUCUCUGGCCCUAAUGUCAAAAAAGCAUCAACAGCAGCACCAACUUCAGAACCUGCAACAGCAAUUGCAGCGUUCUAAGCAGCUGCCCAAUAUCAACAACAACAAGAGAAAGAUCAGCCUGAGCAACGCCUCCAGCAACGGUAGCAACAAGAACUGCAUUUUCCUGCCCAUUUCACCAAACAUAAACGGAUCCAAUGGAACAGUGGCGACCGCUGCCGCACAAGGGACGGCAAAUCCCAGCCAAAAUUGCUUCGCUAGCCCGGGUCUGACCAGGAUGAGGCAAAGACCCAACUUGUUGAGCAAGCAGCAAUCCCUAGACUGCGACAACCGAGAUCCCAUGAUCGGAGCUCAUCGCAAGGGUCGAGGCUAUGUGUACAGCUAUCCGACGAGCACGUCGGCCUCCGCUCCACCGAGUCCUUCGCUUCUCCAACAAUGGGUGGGUGGCAAUUGGUCGUUAAGUGGCGGGAAUAACGCUAGUUUUGCCGACAACAGCCAAAGUGCCGACCCGCUAGUAAACCAAAAUUCAAUGGACCUGGAGACAAGUCUGGCGCUCACGGGAGGAAAUGAACUCGACACUUCGGAGAUGCAGCGCUCACAAUCGGUGCCACUGUCUCAAUUGCAACGAAGGAGCAGCCAACAGUCACCAAGCCUACAAUUCUACUCUGAGAACAGCAAUAGCCAGCAGUCGGCGCCACUUAAAGAUACAGGAUUGAUCUACGAGGAUGUGGACGUUGCCUCUCUGAUCUCGCCCAGUUUCAACAACAAGUUUAAUAGCAUUACGCAGCAGACGGCCACCACGUGCAGCUCCUCGGCGGGCUCAUCCUCGGGCUAUAGCAGCGGCGGCUCUGCGGGAAUUGUUUCGCGAUCGGUGCCCUCCACUCCGCUGCCACACCAGCACCAAAGCAGCCUAACAUCCUUGAACGGAGGGAGCGGAGUAACAGCCAGCGGAGGAGGUAUUCCGGGAAUCGGAAAUGGAGGCAGCUGCGGAACAGGAAAUGGCUUCUUCACCAUCUCGGACUUGUUUAACUGGGAAGGAUCUACGGGCAAUGGUAGCCAGGUUGCUUACAGUGCACAUACUUACGGUACUCGGAAUCCACUGGACAUUUCCAAAUCAAUGCCAACGACGCCGAUUGCAACGCAACGUUUUCGGUACAGUCCUGCUGAGGUGCACCGUGAUUUCCUCAUUAAUGGCAAUACCAUCGAUAGUUUAACUUCAUCCGCUUUUGGAGCUGUAGGGGGAGCCACGGAUCCUGUAUCAGCUCUGAGCACGGACACUCUGAUCGAUGACAGUGCCCCCAGCAGCGCCGAUGUGGUGGAGGCGAUGAUCGGUGUUACAGACAUACUCGACGACUUUUAGAAUUUGCAUGAAGAGAAAGCUCAGGAGGAUAUUGAAAUACCCGAGCGGCAGGCGCCGGAUGAAGUGCAGGAAAAUGAGGUCCAAGCAGCUGCAAAGGAGGACUCUAAUGUAAUGGCCUGUCUUUUGCAGCAUGUGGACCAGUUGUAGAGCCUUCUAUCAUCCGUCUCUUGCUGUGCUCAUGUCUCGUUACUUUUUUGUGUCUUAUCUGUUCCUGUUCAGAGUAUAUCAAUCACUUUUCUAUAACAUAUUUUCACAGCAAAAGCUAAUUUUAAACAAAUCAAUUUUUAACGAAAUUUUUAAGAAAAGUCUUUUUGUACAGAGCUAAUACGGCUCAAGCCAAUUUUUAUCAACUGAGAUUCAAUAUACAUAGAAAACAGAACAGAACCGUGAAAACCUCCUCCACAAACGAGCUUUCUCUUCAUGCCACUCGCAAGCCAAGAAAAAUCCAACAAAAUCCUAUCUUCCCUCUGUCUAAAUUAAUCAACAGCUUAACUGUGCCUCUAAGUGGUUUCAUGAAGUGUCCAACAACAUUAGAGGUUUGAGUUUAAGCCGACUUCUGUAAUAUAACGUCCCCCCUCAGGCUCUCGUUGUAUGUAUGCUAUUGGCAUAUUGUUAUAAUUACUAAACAUUAACAUUAACACACUGAUAGCGAAGGUAGGGCAGCAAAUCGGUUUCCGCUUGCUGUAUGUAGUUGAAUAGUUUUAUCGUUGAACAACAUUACAAAUGAAACGAACUUAAAGUCUGAAUGAAGGAAACGUGUGCAGCGGUUUUAAAAACGAAAACAAAUUUACAAAAUGUAACUGUAAACGAAUGUACAUCUAGAACUAUAGAACAAAACCUCGGCGCUCGACGAGUUUGUCUUCCUGCGACCCUCGAUUGUACAUAUAUAAGUAUAUAUAUUUAUAGAACGAUUUCCACGCGGAUUUUAUAGGGGUCGCAGGGAAACCAGUCUCAGUUCAAAAUUGUCAAAUUUAAAUGUGUGUUUGUAUGGUGUUGUAAGGUAUUGAGAAUAACGAGCUUCGUCAAUUGUUCAUUAAUUCAUUGGCCUCCUGACGUGAAUCUUCGAUUUUACUAACCCAGCCCCGAUCUAGAUACUAUGUUUGUUACGGUAUAAAUUUAUCUGUCUAUCUUAAACGCUUUUGAUUCUUCGAUUAGUUGUAAGUGUUUGUUUGUUAUACCUGUUUAUAAUUUUUGUUUAAUUCGCGCUUUCUCGGUCCGACCUGCGUGUAGUACUUUAGUGAGCUAUAAAUGGAUUUUGUACAAUGUUCGUAAUUCAAGUUUCCUAAUGCCUAAUGUCGUUUCUUGUGCCCAGUUUAUCAGAGUCAUAUGUUCUGUUUUUUCGCUUUGAACAAAGUUUAGCUUUAAACACUUCUUAUUUAUAAUUCACAUUGCAAAUGAAUGUUAAUUUGUUUGUAAAACAAAGUAAAACACAAACCCCGAACCUAUUUUCGUUCUAAAACAAAUAAUUCAGCUCCUGUAAGCAGAAUAUACUUUUAAAAAGUGUGAAGAAAAUAAAUCAUAAAUGUGCCUCAGGCUUUAUUGUAAAACA